AUGGCCCUGAAUAAUCUAUCUGUUGCUGGCAAGCUUGUCCAACUUCAGGACGGCAUCAAAUAUGCCUAUGUCCACGUUGCUGCGAAGGAAUCGAAGCCGACCUUCUUGCUUCUCCAUGGCUUCCCUAGCUCAAGCUAUGACUGGCGCUUUCAAGUCAGAACGCUGACUUCCCUUGGCUACGGAGUCGUUGUACCCGACUUGCUUGGCUAUGGCGACACAGACAAGCCCACUGAGCCGGAAGCGUACGGACUCAAGAAAAUGGCAACCGACUUCGUCGAAAUACUGAAUAAGGAGUCAAUUGGGACAGUUAUCGGUGUGGGGCAUGAUUGGGGCGUAGGAUUGCUGUCCCGCCUAUUGAACUAUUUCCCUGACAAAUUCUCGGCGGUGGUCUUUGUAUCUGUGCCAUACAUGGAGCCAAGUGAUGCAAUGAAUGCAAUGACGGAGCAAUUGUUUGGGUAUCCCACAUUCGGAUAUUGGGAAUUCUUCAACGAUGAUGACGCUGCCGAAAUAUGUGAUCACCACAAUGAAUCAUUCACGUCCCUUGUCUACCCACAUGAUCCAGAGCUCUGGAAAACCCACCUGGGACCACGAGGGGCGGCCAAAGCGUGGAUUACCGCCAACACCAUUACGGCACUCCCUCAAUGGCUUUCCGAAUCCGAAGUCACCACUCACAAUCAAAUCCUGGCUAAAGGGGGAUACGUGGGGCCAUUAAACUGGUAUAAAGCUACCAUACGUGGUCUCCAUGCUGGCGAGGAUGCGCUCAUUCCCGAGGAUAAUAAAUUUGUCAACGUGCCAGCUCUCGUUAUUCUCUCAGACAACGACUAUGUCACCCGUGCUGAAGUCGCGAUGCAGUUAUCUCCAGCUCGCCUGAAGAACUAUACCAUCAAGAAGCUCGAAGGGUGCGGGCAUUGGAUCCAGCUGGAAAAGAGGGAUGAAUUCUCUCAAAUGUUGGUUGACUUCGCUGAAGGGCAGGCCAAUUAG